AUGAUCUUGGACGAAGCAUUGCCAACGAAACCUUCAAACGAGUACGGCUUCCAGAUCAUCAAGGCCCUUGUUAUAGAGUUGAAUUCCAGCCAGGAAGCUCUGAAUUCCAUAAACGAGAUCAACAAGCAGAUACGCCUCCGCGAUGCAGGCCGCUGUUGCAGAGAAGAUCCGUGUGGUGAAGAAGGCAGAGUUGGCUGCGAAGCAGUCCGUUUGAAGGGCGACGGCAUUGCCAAACAGCGCGAGGCCAUCGUAGAAGGUUUGAAGAGGUCUGUCACCUCUGGGACCUCGGGGCAGCUCUCCUCCGAUAAGGUCUCGGAACUGCUGCUCAUCACGCAGUAUUUCGAGACGUUGAAGCCGGCAGCAGCAAAUGGCAAGUCCAAUUCAGUUGUUAUCGGGCAUGGCCCCGCAGCAGGGGUUGCUGACAUCCUCUUCCCAGAUCCGCAGCGGCAUCACGCAGGGCUCUCCUGGCCAGAUGCACAUGUAGGUGACGACCUGUUGCGCUACAUCUGCAUCAUACCAGAAAGACAUAGGGAGAUCGGGGCGUCGGUUGUUGGGGGGCAGUGA